UAUUAAAAGUUUAAAACGCGUUUCAAACGCGUAUCCGUUUUUUUACUAUAAAAAAAACGGAUAUUAAAAAAUAAUUAAAAUUCACUCUCGGCCGUUCGAUUUCGCCCAUUCCCAAAUCAAAAUCCCUCAUUUCAAUUGAACCUUCAACCCUAACUCUCACUUCCUCUCUUCUUCUCUCCCACCGACGGACGACUGAUGACUGACGACUGGUCAUCAGAGAGUUGUCAUUGGUAUCUCGUGAAGACGGUGCUGCCGGAGUUGUCUUCGUCUCUACGAUCCACGACGACGAUGGCGGCCAGUGGAAACACUUGUGAGAACUUGACGAUUGGACGACGACGACGACGGAAGACUGGAGACUGGAGACUGGACGACGACGACGACUGAACUACUGGGGUACUGGACUCGAGCUCGACUUCACCGAACUACGGCGGGCGACGGACGACUGAACGACUGGACUCGAGCAGCUCGACUUCACCUCACUACGGCCGACCACGGAAGACGGACCAAGGACGAUCGACGACGGACUACGGACGACCAAGGACGACGGACGACGGACGACUUCACCCCUGUUUCUAUUGUUUCUACGAUCUCCGUUGGCUACGAUUGGGGAGGCAAAGGAGGUUAUUGCUUUUAUGGAUCCUCUCAUUAGGAUUCUUCGCCUUGUUGAUUCAGAUGGUUCCACUGCAUGUUACUUGUAUGAAGCAACUGUUAGGGAAAAAAAAUUGAGGAAGUUAAAGGAGAGUGAUGGAGUAAAGUACUUUACCAUAUUGGAUUUGUUUGAUACAAGGGUGGAAAAGAAUAUAAUUCAUCCUGUUCAUGUGCUUGCUGCAGCUUUAAAUCCUAAUAAUUUGUUUGAUGGUGGACUUUUUAUUGAGACAAAUACAGUUGUGAAAGCUCAAGAAUGUAUUGUGGCAACCAUGGUUCCUCAAGAAGAUUAUGAGCAAUUCACUGCAGAAAUGGUUGAAUAUCGAAUGAGGAACCCAAAUUUGUUCAAUAUCACAGGAAAGUCUUUAAUGAAAACUAACCAUCCAAGGAUUUGGUGGGAAUAUAUGGGUGGUUGUCUUCCUGUGGUUCAGAAGGUUGCUUGCAGAAUCUUAAGCCAACCUUGUAGUUCCUCUCCUUGCGAGAGGAAUUGGAGUGCUUGGGACGCUGCACAAACAAAGAAGAGGAACAGGUUAACUCCAGAAAUGUUAGAAGAUUUGGUAUACAUUAGAAUGAAUUCUUUGAUGAAGGAGAACUAUGAAAGCCGAGCAAUUCAGGAUACAAAACCUAUUGACCUAGAGAAACUUGGUGAUUUGCCUGAUGUAAACAUUGAGUUGGAGACAGAGAGACUUGAAGAGACAUAUGUUGAACCUAUUCAUGAUCAACCUAAUUCUAUAUUAUGAUACACUUGUGCUUUUUUUUUUAAUGAAAUGGGAUGAUGUAAUUUGGAUGAUACAUUUUGGAUUAUGUAGUUUGGAUGAUGAUUUUGGAUAUUUAAAUGAUGUAUUUUGGAUAUUUGAAUGGUGUAUUUUGGAUCUUAUAUUAAUCUUUGGAUGGAUAUAUUUUUGAUGUUA